GAGGAAGGUGUUUUCAACGCAAAGUGCCUAAUCUCGCUAUCUCUCAAAGUGAUUGUUUGUUUGCCGUGAGGAAGUUUAGAUGGCAGCACACAACCAAACAGUUGUGCACUUGUCCGAGCAGGUGGUGGUGUUGUUUUCCUGCUUCCUGUCGCUGUUGGGCUCUUCGCUCAUUAUUUUCACUUACGUGAGUUUGGCCGAUUUGCGGACAACUCCGCGAAAAUUGCUGCUAUUCCUCUCGGUGGCCGACUGGCUCUCCGCGGUCUCCUACGCCUUUGGAGUGUGGCGAGUAUUUGACUCGGACUCCUUGGACUGCAUAGUUCAAGGAGCGAUAUCCACUUUCGCCAACACCAGCUCCUUUUUCUGGACCGUGGCCAUCGCCGUCUACUUGUAUGUUUUCAUCGUCCGGUCGAGUCAGAGAUCGGCUGACAGCCUGAUGCUGUUCUUUCAUCUGGUCAGCUGGGGAGUUCCUCUGACUAUCACGGUAGCAGCUGUGUGCCUCAACAAGAUUGGCUACACAGCGUCUGAGGUGUCAGUGGGUUGGUGCUGGAUUAGAAUCCACACCUCUGACCGUGUCCUGUGGAUGCUGCUAACUGGAAAGAUCUGGGAAUUCUUGGCCUACCUCACGCUCCCUGUACUUUACAUCCUCAUCAAGAGGCACAUCCACACAGCGCAUGCAGCGCUUUCCGAGUACCGUCCACUCGUCUCCAAUAGGACUGCGUCGUACUCCUUCUCGUCCAUGGCGGAUAUGAAGCUGACUCUCAUUCCCAUUAUCUUUAUUGUGUUGCGCAUUUGGAGCACCAUCCGCUUCAUUCUGUUGCUGGUUGGAUCCCCGGCAAGACUGAACCCUGUGCUGGUGACGCUACAUGGUAUUGGCAACACGUCGCAGGGAGCAGCCAACUGCAUCAUGUUUGUGUUGUUCACUGCGCCCGUCCGCACACGCCUCUUCGCUUUGCUCUGCUGCUGCCGUGCAGACUCAUUGGAGCCUCAGCAAGCGCGGGAUGGUAAGCCCGGGCCAACGCGAGGGUUAAAUGACCAGAGAGAGGACGACGUCACCAGCGUCACACACACUGAUAGGUGAUGAUUGACUCACUGGAAGGUGUCGUGUGAACAUCCACACGUCAGGAACUUUUUUUUCUUGUGUGAUUAAAGAAAUCACACCUUUGAGUUGAUUUCAACAAAUGGAAUUAAUUGAUCUACACCGUGGACUACAUCGAAGGAAGAAUCUUAUUCAGUUUCGUCAAGUAUUUGUGGAGCAAAAUAUGUGCCUUCGUUGUCACUGUUACCGAAUGUAAUGAGUAUGGUACUGUAUAUCUUGGAGGUUAAAAAAGCUGCAACAAUGAACUCAUUGUUGUCAUGCCACUGUUUUGCCAAACGUUAGGCAUUAUGAAUAACUUGUUAGUAAGUGUUUUACUCUUUCAGGGACCGUCAAAAUAGAUUGGACGUUUAUUGCCGUCAAUGUCAGCCAAAGAGUUGAGCUAUGUGACGUCACAAAAAAAUAAAACUCCCAUAGCAAAAUGAUUUUUUUUUUUUUUUU